AUAAACAAAAUAAUUAGCCAGUUUCUCUCAAGUAUACAUUGUAGUUUAUACUGAAAAACAGAACAUUGUUGAGAAAAAUGUUUUCAGCCAAGUUAAGAAAACUAAUACAUAUCAACACUAUUUUAAUAAAUAGAGUUACCAGCCAGGCAGCACCGAUCACUACUUUGCAAUGCCAACAGAAGAGAUUUAAAAGUGAUUUAUAUGAACCUGAUUACCUAAUUAGCAUGGAGCCAGAUGAGCCUGUGUACGACUGUCUGAACUUACAGCUGAAAGGCUAUGACUUUGCUCUCUUAGAAUCGGCGCAGAGUCAAAUCCACAGAUAUGCUGAUGUCAUGGGCAUACAAGUUGAAGAAUGUUGGGCGACGCCGGCACAAAAGUUAAAAGUCCAGAGAUUCAAGCCCGGCGGGACAGCUGUUGAUGCAGAAUAUCACCUCAACAUUUAUGAAAGAAAUGUUCAGGUAGUAGAUGUCCCUGGGUGGGCGUUAGGCUCGCUUCUUCGUGUUUCCCGCGCCAUACUUCCCGAAGGUUGUAUUCUAAACGUACACGAGCAUACACCUGACCACGAAGAAAUCCGAUACGUACCCGACAACCAACUCAUUGAACUCCAACAGCAACUUGAAGAUAUGGGAGGUAGUCGUGCUAGCGUAAAGAAGAAGAGAAAAUAAAGCAUGCCAUGUAGUUUUGUAUUUGAUGAUAAUAGGGUGCACUUCAAGAAGAAAACUGCUCAUCUAACUAGCUAGAAAUUGACUGUUCAUGAAUAAAAAUUAACUGUUAAGAGAGUCUAAUCUAGUGUAAAUAACAGCCAAAAAUCUUUUUUCUAUUAUUAAAUAACUCGUCUCAUAAGACAACAAACCCGUAUAAUAUUGGUCGCCGGAUGGCGAAACUGAACUACAUGCUAGUGAGGUAACUCUUCCAACUGACAAGAAAUGGAACAAAUGGAUGGGUAUGCUAAGCUAACUCUGUAGUGCGGAGGCCACGCUUGCGUCUAUAGUCACGAAUCCCAGGCCACACCGUGAACGAAGCUAGGUAACUUAGCUUAGCUCACGUAGUUGCAUGCAACCAACUAUGCCAGCUAAACUAAAUUAACUCACGUAGUUUCAUGCAAAGCUAGGCUAAGAAAAUACGUAGUAAGUAGUGACUAUGGUUUCGUGUGGGGGUGAAGGGCGGCAGAAGGGCGACAUAUAGUUUAGUGAGCUCGGUUAGCUUAAUUUACGGUGUGAACCGAAGUAUGAAAAGAUGCCCCGGCUACUUGAGCUAAGCUAAGUUAGCUUAGUUUUGUUCGCGGUGUGGCCUGCGCAUGCGUGCCAUGCAUAUGUUUUUGCUCGCUAAAAAGUUAUCACGGUAACGUGGUGGUCACGCUAAAGGCUUCGUAAUUGUAAACGAAUUAUUGUGCAAUAAUACAAGAUGUCCGCAAUACAAUUUCCAGACCAAUUGACUGAGGACAACAACUUUCUCUACUACUACAAGUAUGUUAGCAGUAAGUUUUUUAUGCUGACAUUCUUUGGAGCUAAUAUAAGGGGCUCAGCUUCAAAAUUGUGUAAAUACUCCGACACCAAUUCUUCGUUCCACACCGUUAGGUAUGUAGACAGACAGACGUCUAACCAUUCCGAGAAUAAGGGUCGAAAUAAACAACGCUAGUCCGACUACGCUGCACGAUGUUUAGCGGCUUUGGCGCGCUAAAACCCUAUUGAAACCGUUACCCGAGCGAUAACUUGGUAUAGUUGACGAAAUAUUAUUUGUACCGAUUCGUCUUAUCGCUUCAACUUUAGAGUACAAUAGGACAAAAGCCUGAACCAUCUUGGUAACGCACGUGCCACUUGCAUAGUGCAAACAACUAGUUUAAACACUUUUACACAUUGGCAUUUAACUCUAAACUUGCUAAUCUUUAUGCGGAACACUAAUUUUAUUGAAUUAGUAAGAAAAAGUUGGCUGUCGUUAUUUUACGAAGUAAAUAAUUCAAAACUAGAAUUCAGAAAAAGCAUUAAGCGCACCCAUGACUCAUACGAUGGACCAAGAUCAUUAAGUCCAUGCACGCUUUGAGUAAAAUAAGUGUUAAUGGUUUUUUACUGUAUUGUAAUAUAAAGGAUAAGGCGUUCCAAGAGAUAACAUUCAUCAGUGCGAUUUAUAUUUCUUCAACUAUACGCAGCCCGAAAAUUCGCAAGUCGACGAUAGCCAUUAAUGGUUGCUUAUACCUGCGUGUAUCGUAUCAUUGUGCGAAGCUUCGUGACGAUGCAGACGCAAGUGCGGCUCCAGCAUUAAAGGAAAUUAUUUAAGUAAUCGCUGUACUUUUAUUCCUUAAUCGAAC